AUGGAGCAGCAGGUUCUCGAUCUUUUAGCUUCGACUCUCGAUCCCUCAGGACCGAUCCGAAGCGAUGCAGAGCGACGCCUCGAACAGCUAUAUACAAAUGAUGCUUUCCCAUUGUCUCUCCUAUCUGUCGCAUCUCACGUGUCUGUGCCACUCGGACAUCGUCAAGCCGCCUUGUUAUCACUCAAGAAAUUGGUUCUGAGGACUUGGUCGCCAAGCUUAGAGGAAUAUGAAGGUCCUGAGCAACUGAACGACAAUGUCAAAAGUCAAAUACGCCAUUCACUUUUAGCGAUUGCUACAGCAACCCAUGAGCAGAAGAAGAUUGUCGGAGCCGCCAGUUAUGUAGUUAGCAAGAUUGCCAAUGCCGACUUUCCGGAGCAAUGGCCCACCCUACUUCCUACCCUCCUCGCGCUGAUACCCCAAGCUGACGAUACUCAAUUACAUGGUGUGCUGGUCGUGCUCGGGGAACUCGUUGAUACAGGUUUCGACGAUGACCAAUUUGCGGGUAGCGCCGCGGAGUUGAUCAAAAGCAUUUAUGAUGUGGCGGUCGAUGGUCAGAAGAAGCUGAUGACAAGAUCACUCGCCAUAUCGAUCUUUCGAUCUUGUCUGGACUCAAUGGAAGUUGUGAUGCAGACAAAUUCAGAGGCUGUACAACAGUUUGUGCAGGGCGCAUCGGAGUCUUGGGUACCUUUUUUUGUUGAGACCAUCAAAGCACCUUUACCAUCAAUACCAGAUACCGAUGAACCGCCUGAAUCACCCGGAAUUGGAGGAUGGCGAGGAGUCGUUGCGAUCAAGACCCAAGCUGUGAAAGCAUUGGACAAGAUCCACAAUAUAUUUCCACACUCACUUACACCACGCACAAUGGAACUAUUCAAUGCACUCUGGGAGGCAUUGCAAGCUCAUUUGACGCCGUACCACAUUCUCUAUACUGGAGAAGAACAAAAGGAAGGUCAAUUGGAGGACGCUGAUCGGCUACCGAUCUCUCUAGAUCUAUUGGUGAUGGAGGAAUUAGACUACACCCAGACACUGCUAAACACUUCCACAAUCAAACAUGAGAUGGACAACCAGCUAGAAAAGUCAAAUAAUGCUACUAAUGGAGUCGAGAGUGUUCGCUGGCUCUCACAGAUCCUGACUCUAAUCGUAGGCUAUGCCUACAUUUCAGCAGAGGAUGCAAAUAUGUGGGAAUUUGACGUCAACACAUUCCUUGCCGAAGAAGCCGCGGAAACGGCACAAUAUUCAGCGAGAAACGCAUGCGCCGGGGUCGUCACAAAGUUGUGCAGCUACAAUUGGCCCGUACUCGAAGAUUUACUUCCUCUUGCUAAAACAACAUUUGAAAGCAUCCCAGCCGACUCUAAAGCUAAGGAAGCAGUGCUCUAUGUCGUCAAGCAGGCCAUGGAAGAGGUCAACGGAUAUGACAGAGUGAUCGGCGCAGAUCUUCUCAAUGGCCAUCUUGUCUACGCAAAGACUGCAAUGCAAGACAAAGACAAAGACAACUGUAUGCUGCAAAGUCGCGGCUUCAUCACUGCAGGAUUUCUUAUCACAGCACCAGGUAAAGAACUGGGUGAGCUCGUUCCAGAUUUCGGCCGCCAGGCAAUCCAAGUCAUCGAGAGUGACGAGUCCGAGAUUGUGCAAGUGGCGGGCAUGAAAGCACUACAACAGUAUCUGAAGGACAUACCCAAACCCUUGGCGCAGGAAUUUCAAGCUCAAGCUGUAGCUGCGAUUGCCGGAUUUGUGUCAUCGCGUGAUCUGAAUGAGAUAUCUGAGGGUGAAGAUCUACUUGCCACCCUUGUUGAGACUCUCCGAGACGCCAUUUACACCGACCCUAGUCUUUGUUUGGAGCAUCCGGCCAUUGAUGUAUUAUUUACUCUAGCUUCAUACGGCGCCAAGAGCUGGCAUGUUACGGACAUUGUCAAUGAAGCAUUCGAAUCAGCGGUGACGACAAUGUCGUCCUUAGGCCCCGAGGAAUACGCUCGACUGUGCACCAAAGUUUUGCCAAGUCUCAUGGGUGCUCUCGACGUGAGUGAUAUGACACAGGAGAGCUCGUUGAGUGACAUGGCUGUCAAUCUCAUAUCGACCCUUGCUGAACACGGUUCGGAGCCCUUGCCCCAAGGUUUCAUAGCCACAGUCGUACCGAAGCUCUAUCGAUUGCUUUUUAUGGAUGUCGACUUCAAUGUUCACCAGUCUGCAACCGUCACAAUGAAGCACAUAUUGAGCCAUGACGCCGACCAGCUCUUUGCAUGGACAGAUCCCGAGACCACUAAGGGAGGCUUGGAGAUCAUGCUGCUUGUCAUUGAUCGGCUUUUAGGCCCACACGUGCAGGACUCUUCUGCUGCCGAGGUCGGCGGUCUCGCGAUGGUAUUAGUCGAGAAGGCGGGUGCGGAACGGCUUGGACCAUAUCUAAUGCAGCUGUUGCAAGUUGUGGCAAUCCGUUUGAGCACUGCCGAGCGCGCAGACUUCAUUCAGAAUCUCGUGCUUGUAUUUGCGCGACUUGCUCUCACCAACCCGAAAGACGUCCUGGAUUUUCUUUCGCAAGUUCAAGUACCAGGUGCUGAAGGUGGAACAGGGUUAGAGGUGGUGAUGAGGAAAUGGCUUGACAAUUCAGUGAACUUUUCCGGCUACGACGCGAUCCGCCAGAACGUCAUGGCGCUCACGAACAUCUACAAAUUACAUGACGAGCGGCUUUCCGGUAUUCAGACUAAGGGAGAUCUCUUGAUUGAUAACAGCACUCGCAUAAAAACUCGGUCGCAGGCCAAAAAGCAGCCUGAUCAGUAUUCCAUCGUUCCAGUACCUCUGAAACUUGGCAAGGUCCUCGUGCAAGAGCUGAUUACAACUCCCAACAGCGCAGGACUAGGUCUUCGAAAAGCGAGUAUAGCACAAACUCACGGCAGUGACGACGAUGAGUGGGAAGACGAGCCCGCUGUCCUUGACUUGGCCAGCGCGGGUACUCGAGCUGACCUCAUGGGGUUCAUGGAUGAGAUGAAUCAGUGGAACCUCCACCAGAGUGACGACGAAACGCAACAGUAUCUUAUUCAAUUCUUCAAUGAGGUGGGCCAAGAGCCAUAUUUUCAAGACCUUUACCAUGCGAUGAACGAAAGCGAGAAAGAAAAGUUACAACAUAUGAAUAAUGGAAGACGACCAUCGGUGGCCUCGGUCUGA